CCUAGCUUCUCAACACCCAAUCGCGGCCCCAGCUCUUCGACAGCUAGAAUCUAUAUACACUAUGCCUACCAAACUAUGGAGACAUGGCAUCCAUUCGUUCCUUGAGCUAUUACGCCAGCGGCUUCCAGACUCUCUUGACUGUAUGUUGACAUUCAUUCAGCUUGCCUACUCUAUGAUGGCUCUUUUGUAUGAAACUGUUCCAGCUUCCGGGGAUUUAAGACCCUGCAUUCAACUGCCUGCGAUGGCCUCUUCCCCCCCCUUUUUUUCUCUCCUCCCUAGAUUAGACCUGGUGAUGAUUACUAGACCUGGCAGAGUUACAUGAUUG